AUGGUUAGCUUGGUACACUCACAUCGCCGGGCUUCCGCGGCAAGUGCAAGCAAUAGGUCCUCGAUAGAUGAUAGCAGGUCGGAUGGCCCGGAAGACGACACUACGGUCGUAGAGCCGGAGCAGGGCAAUGUUCUUUCACAUAUCAUCUCCCAGCUACGGCCGGGCGCGGAUCUGAGCCGGGUUGUGCUGCCGACCUUCAUCUUGGAGCCUAGGAGCAUGUUGGAGCGCAUCACAAACUUCAUGGCACACCCGGAGAUGCUGCUGCCAAUACCAGAGCUGGACGACCCUGUGCAGAGAUUUGUGUCUGUGGUCAAGUUCUAUCUAAGUGGAUGGCACAUCAAACCACCGGGCGUUAAGAAACCACUUAAUCCAAUUCUGGGGGAGACUUUCACAGGCUACUGGGAUUUCCCAGACGGAACGAGAGGCUACUACAUCUCUGAACAAACCUCCCACCAUCCUCCCAAAUCCAGCUAUUUCUACAUGGCCCCCGAACACCAUAUCCGAAUCGAUGGAACCCUCAAGCCUCGAAGUAAAUUCUUAGGUAACUCUGCAGCGAGUAUGAUGGAAGGAAUCGCAUUCCUGAGCUUCUUGAACCGCGGAAAGGGGCCCAAAGGCGAACGAUACAUCAUCUCCCAGCCGAAUAUGUACGCUCGAGGUAUCUUGUUUGGCAAGAUGAAAUAUGAGCUUGGAGAUCACAGUUUUGUGCGUUGUCCUGAGUUGGGUCUUUCUGCGGAUGUAGAGUUCAAGACGAAGGGAUACUUUGGUGGAACGUACAAUGCUAUUGGGGGAGCGAUCAAGAACGAAAAAACCGGGGAAGUGCUUUAUGAGUUAUCUGGGAUGUGGACGAAUGAGAUGUGGAUUAAAGAUGUGAAGACUGGCAAGAAAGAACUACUAUUCGAUGCUACGAGAGCAAAACACACGCCUCCGACCUCACGACCAAUCGAGGAGCAAGACGACCGCGAAUCUCAAAAAUUAUGGCUAAACACUGCUCAAGCUGUUAAAGAACGAAACCACGUGGUAGCCACUGAUGAGAAGACGAAAAUCGAAGACAUGCAACGAGAUGAAGCCGCGAAGAGGGCUGAGGAGGGUGUCGAAUGGGUGCCAAGACUAUUCAGACCAGUUCAAGGGGGUCCUGGCGGUAUAGACGAAGGGGAAGAAGAUCUGGACUGGAUCUUAAACGCAAACAUUGACGGUGCAACACCCGAGAAACAAGUCGAACAAAUCCUAGCCGUUACCCCUAUUCUCCGCGGCCAAAAGUCCAAUGAAAAAAAUCCGAUCCCCAAACGCAACCCAUCCAUCAUCUCCACGAACACCCCUGCAAAAGCAGCUCCCGCUCCCGCUCCUGCUCCAGCAGCACCAGCUCCAGCUCCAACAGGAGCAAGCGACCUCAUCAACUUCGGCCAAAAUGAAACUUCAGUAAUCCCUGCUGAUCUAAAAGCGGCACAGACAGAGAACGGCGGGCAGCAACAGAAAGAACUGGAAAGCACAUUGUCUAAUACGAGCACAGUACACGCUGACGGCAAGGGGAAGGGGCCUCUGCUUGAUCUCCAGGAUUUGACGGCGGCUUUGCCUGCUAAGCAAACACUGCUGAGGGAGGACACGGACACGCAUAGCGUGGAUGAGUUUCAUGACGCUAAAGCAUAA